UCUGGAUCGCCGUGAGCACGGUAAAAUCAUCUUCUCCUCUCACCCCAGCGGGCUGACUGCUCUUGCGACUGGACUGGGGGCGAACCCUCGAUCGGCGCGGGCGGACGGCGGCGACCACCGGAGGCGAGAGAUGGUGGUGAUCGAGCUCGAGCCGGAGCACGAGGGCGAGGAGACGACACGCCCCUCCUCGCCGCCGGAGUUCGUGGAAGCCCCGGACCCGAGGAGGGCGGAGGUGGACGAGGAGGCCUUCGAGGACGCGCUCACCGACGAGCAGCUGCGGGAGAAAGCUAGAAGCCAAGCAAACGAUGCAAAAGCAGAAGGAAACAAGCAUUUUGCAGCUGGACAGUACGAGGAUGCAUUAUCACAAUAUGAAAUUGCACUGCAAAUUGCUGCUGAACUGGAAUCUUCUGAAGACAUAUCCUCUGCAUGCCAUUCAAAUCGUGCUGUAUGUUUCUUGAAAUUGGGGAAAUAUGAUGAAACAAUUAAGGAGUGCACCAAAGCGCUUGAGCUGAAUCCUUCAUAUUUGAAAGCUCUGCUUCGGAGGGGAGAAGCACAUGAAAAGCUUGAAAACUAUGAUGACGCUAUUGCUGAUAUGAAAAAAAUCAUUGAGCUAGAUCCUUCAAAUCAACAGGCUAAGAAAUCAUUGUUCCGACUUGAGCCACUGGCAGCAGAGAAAAAGGAAAAGAUGAAGGAGGAAAUGAUUGCAAAGCUGAAAGAUCUGGGCAACUCGGUGCUGGGGCGGUUUGGGAUGAGCGUGGACAAUUUCAAAGCUGUCAAGGAUCCAAACACUGGCUCGUACUCCGUUUCUUUCCAGAAGUAGUAGCAUAGCAUAAUGAAUUAUACAGACGAACAUGGCUUGGUGUCCAUUGAGGGGGAGCCUCUAGUAUAUCCUUUGAAUCCUGGAGGCGAUUGUUGAUGAUAAGUUAUGUAAUGGUCUUGCACUCUUGAAGUCAGAACGCUCGAUCUGAAGAUGAGCCUGACCGUUCUUGGACUUUAUUCUCCUUCGGUGCUUUCACGUAUGAUACACAUGUACAUUUGCUGCCUAGGCACUAAGUUGUUUUUUGUAAACGACUCUUCAUUUUCUUCUGUAGUAUGGAUGCACUAUCUGUUGUCGAAUUGCUUUUAUGGCGGCAGAUCCUUA